CUGAUGUGUUCGCCACAGUGUGGCAGUAAAGCUCCACAAUCUCUACUUCAGGAUCAGUAGGCUAACUAUGCUAAUCGUCCUAACUAGCUAAUAUAGCGUAGUCGUAGUAGACGUUCAAGUACGGAACCGGUCGAACGAGUGUUCACAUUCACAAUUUGAAGGACAUAACGUCCCCAAACGUCCAAGUCAUAACGGUUUAAUCGUCGCAGCAUUUGCAUUCGACGUGUCACAUUUAUUUGAUCAUCCAGACUACAAAGCGAUAAGCGCAAAGGAUAUGUGGACGUACGCCAGGUUCGUUUAUGAAAUGUAGCCCCUGAUUUCUGACAUCGCCAGUGAGGAACGCGCUGAGAUGCCGAUGGUUACGUUUAGAGUAAGUCAGGCAGGUCUGAAAAAUAUAUUAUUGUAACGAAUGAUGGAUAUUUAAACAUCAGCCUCUGACAAGCCGUAAAUACUCAGUAAGCUAAUAGGCUACUUAUUCAUCCUCAGGAGUGGUUGUUCUGCAUAGGUUAGUCUACUUUAACCAACCAAAUCAUUCUUCGGAGGAGAUAUUUCUUCGCCUGUUAUCUCAUCUAUAAUCUUGACUGAACAGUGAGUUUGUGGGAGAUGGAUCCAAAUAACCAGAAUCCAAGCCAGACACUGGGUGAGAACGUAAGUGGACUGACAGAGAUUUUGACGGUCACUCCCGCCGCACCUUCUGGAACAGAAGUAACAGCCUCCGACUCAUCAGCCUCUGUUCCUACUCCCCAACUGUCAGCCCCAGCGCGACCUCGACGACCUCAAAGGACACCCAGAGUAGAGGGGUCUGUGGAUGUCUGUGAUCCUAAACCUGACCCUCCAGGUGGCAACCAGGACGGGUCCACUCCUGACACUCCAGCUGGAGACAGCCAUCCUAAGCCCCUGCGGCCUGGAGCAGUUAAGUCCUUUCAGGGGUCAGGAGGGCCCGAGGUGACCAAUGAAACCAGUCUGAAGGUGGGCCCUAAAGUCCCAGGCCACAUCGCAGGAGCCCGGAGUCCUAUCUCUGUGAGGGCAGCCUCAGUGCCCCAGCAACCGUCCUCCAGUCCUAUACCUCACAACCUAAACCCACAUGCUCAGAGAGCCUUCUCUGUGGCAGGCACCACAGACACGCAGACACAGGUGGUGGAAGACUUCAGGUUGCACAUAAUCACAUGGAAUGUGGGUGGUUCCAUGCCACCAGAUGACAUCACUGCUCUGCUGGGGUUACAUGUUGGGGAUGGGAACACAGACAUGUAUAUUAUUGGGCUACAGGAAGUCAACUCCAUGAUCAACAAAAGGUUGAAAGACGUUCUCUUUACAGACCAAUGGAGCGAUGCCUUCAUGGAGAGACUCAGCCCUUUUGGAUACAUACUGGUGACGUCUCAGCGGAUGCAGGGGGUGUUGCUGCUGGUCUUUGCUAAGUACUACCACCUACCUUUCCUCAGAGGGAUGCAGACUGAAACUACCCGCACCGGACUAGGGGGCUACUGGGGUAAUAAAGGGGGGGUGAGUGCGCGCAUGUCUGUGUUUGGUCACACAAUCUGUUUCCUGAACUGCCACCUGCCGGCCCACAUGGAGAACUCAGAUCAGCGCAUGGAGGACUUUGAGAGCAUCCUACAGCAGCAGCAAUUUGAAGGCCAGGCUGCUACAGGAGUGCUGGACCAUGAUGUGGUGUUCUGGUUUGGUGAUCUCAAUUUCCGCAUUGAUGAACUGGAGAUUCCGCAAGUGAAAACUGCCAUUGAUCAUAACAAACUCAACACACUCUGGGAGAAAGACCAGUUGAACAAGGCCAAAGACAGCGAGCCAGUCCUGGAGGGCUUUUUGGAGGGGCCUCUAAAAUUCCCCCCCACUUACAAGUUUGACGUGGGGACAGAUACGUAUGAUACCAGUGGAAAAAAACGUAAGCCUGCAUGGACAGACAGGAUCCUGUGGCGUCUGAGGGCCACAGCUCCCACUCGACCGGCCCUUCACACUGGGAAGAGAGGCUCUAUGUCAGGGCUGAGCAGUGGGACCAAGGUCACACAGCACUUCUACCGCAGUCACAUGGAGUACAUGGUCAGCGACCACAAGCCUGUCUCCUCCAUCUUCACCCUCCAGUUCCCCUAUAAGGUGGACAUGCCCCUGGUUACGAUCAUGGUAGAGGAUGAGUGGAACUGUGUUGCAGAGGCCACAUGCCGAUUCAAAACUGCGCCAAAUUUUGCUCGCAGCUCCUGGGACUGGAUUGGGCUGUACAAGGUUGGAUUUAAACACCAUAAGGACUAUGUAGGCUAUGUGUGGGCCAAGCAGGAGGAGGCAGAUUACCAUAGAGUAGAACACGAGGUGACCUUUACUGAAGAAGAGUUGCCCAAGGGCUCUGGAGACUACAUCUUGGGGUACUAUAGCAACAACACCAGCACCCUUGUGGGUGUGACAGAGCCUUUUCAGAUCCAGCUGCCCACCUCCAGCCUUGCCGGUAGCCCAUCUGACGACAGCUCUGAAUUCACAUCUGAGGAUGACAGCACUGUGGUUGGUAUGACAACAAAAUCCCGCAGUCCCAGCCCCCACAAGAAGAAACACAGAGCCCGACGUAGCCAUAGCCGAAGCCGCAGUGGAAGCCCUGUGCUGUCCCAAAUGAGAGGCCUGAACCUGCAGUGCGACUCUGGUGAGGCUUCGGCCCCCAACACUGAUGGCCCUUCCUCUGACAAGGCCCUAGAGGGUAUGGGUGGAGAGAAGAAGCCCUCAGCUGAUGCUGGGGACUCACGGUUGUGAUGGAGUCCUUGUUAUUCUGCUCUUACAUGACCAAAUCUGACAUUAUCAACUGUGCUGUUCCUUUUCCAUUAUUGAAUAUUUACAAUUCCAAAGCCAUUUUGUUCAGGACUGUGGCUACGUUAAUUUGUCUUUGUACGUUUUCAAAUGUAUAUCUCCAUGCAUUUUCUGUCAUUUCUCUCAUUCUAUCACCUUUCCCUCUCAGGCUUUCAAAAUACAGGGAGCAUUAUUCAUAUCUGAAGAGAUCCUACAGAUCGUCAUCAAAUCCAAUGCAGAGUUAUAUGGCAACCAUUUUGGUUCCAUAUGUUGUUUGACAGAUAUUAUAAAGCACUAUAAUAUUAACCCCUCUAUAUUAGCCCUGGUGGCUUAGAAAACAGCAUGUGUUUGAGCAUGAAGAAAUGCUGUAUCAUGAUGAGGUAAACAGUAUGUUAAACUCCCAUAGGGAGUCCUACAUUUAAAAAAAGUGUUGUCUAUUACUAUCCACAUUCUCUCAGAGUUCUGUUUAUCAUAGAAAAAUCUAUUUUGUUCCUCAAUAUGUGCAUGAUUUAAAUAGGAAUUGGGCCAAGGAGGUGCAGAUAAACAACCGUGAAUAAAUGUGAUUCCACCAAAAUCCUUUGUUAGACAGAGUUCUAAAAUGUUUAUUGUAGCACAUAUUGGUACAUGUAAACCACCCCUAAACCCUUGUGAGUUGUGAGUGCACCUCCCCUCGGCAAGUCCUGUCAGUAUAACUACCUGGGUUUCAGCCUACAAGGUCACUUAAAUGCCAUAUGAUUAAAAAAAUAAGGUAAAACGUGGUGUUUUUGUCUUUAGAGUCUGGUGUUUCCAGUUCAAAAAUAUUCCUUUCAUCCUCACUUCUCCUGUACACCCCUUUCUCUCUCUCUCUCAUGUGCCCUCUCUUCCCUUAUUCUGUACUGGUGACGGUGAUUAGCUUACACUGUUCUGUGGUAAUGUGUUGGGUUGUUAGCUUGUGACCUACCAUCCUAAAAACUUUGUACCUAUGGGCAGUUCUGUUAGAUUAGGAAGGUGUGGGGUGUUGUACUGUAACCUUUUUGUGUGUGUGUUCAUGUAUGCCACUGUGUGAGUGUGUUUUGUGAAAGGGUGCGUGGGUUUAUUUUUAAGUUCACAGAAGUGGUUGUGUAAUACGUAUGAUUGAAAAUGAUGUAUGCGCUUGCGUAGUUUGUUGGACAUACUUUACAUUCCGGUACUGUGAUUUUGUGCCGUUAAAGUGCUUUUUUUGUCUCCACUUUGUAAUAUACCUGCUGUUGAGAAUAAAGUGUUGAAGAUAGUGUAGACACAAAAUCAUAUGGUAGAGAUAGCUAAAUGAAAUAUUGAAUUGGUUUGCUUGUAGAACAUGGAAAUUAUUUUAUUACUUAUUUCUUCAUCCUAUUUAGUUAUAUAAUGCAGUGUAGAUACACUGUAGUUAAAUCCAAGGUAAAUAAUCAAUGCUGCAUAUAUAUGUGCAAGUGACCUUGGCUUUUUGAUGUUAUCUAUUGAUUAUGUGUUUCAAUCCAUAUAACUGAGUUAAUCCAAAGUAUGGUUAUACAAAAGGUGAUAAGAAAAGACUAGUGUUGAACAUCAAGUUAAAUUGUCCUUUGUCUCUCUGCCAUACUUGCACUGAAAAAUAUGUGAAUAGAAGGACAUUUAUUGAACGCUAGUUUAAAACAGACAAAAUUAUGCUAUCUAUGAAAAAUAUCAAAUAGAGACCAGAUGGCACUGCCAAAAAAUAUUAUUAAACAUGUAUUUUCUUAUUUUAUUGUGUCAAGUGAUCGCUUGAAUUCUGCUGGCCAGUGUGGGAUAAUCACUUUAAAGAAAUUAAAUAUAAAAGUAUAUUGUGUAUACAUAAUAUUUGUUUUAUAAUUAUAUUACUUUUAUUUAUUCAUACACACCACAUGUGUAUGUUUUUUUGUUUUUGUGGAGGCAUAAAGAAACAACAUAUUUUCACUUUGUUUAUUUAAGAUAAGUUGUUUAUAUUGUUUUUGAAAAAUAUUGUAUUGGCUCUGCAAGCUUGUAUGUGAUUUGGAUCCAAGGUGACUGUCUUGAAAAUUCUGGAAAACAUUACAGCAGCAUUGUUAGGGGCUUGAAUUUGCUGGUAAAGUUGGCUAGUUAUGUUGAUGUUAGAGGUUGUUGUGUGGAUCUGUCUUUGGGGUCAGGACAGCUUGACACCUCUGUCACGCACACCGUGUUUAGAGAACAAAUAAAUUGCCUCUUCAAGCUGUACAGAUGG